UCCGAUUGAAUCCAAUUCCGUAUAAUCCAUAUAUAAAUCGGACAAGAAAGAGAGAGAGAGGCCAGACACGAAAUACGAAAUUGGAACAAGAAGAAAAAAGAGAGAGACAGAGAGUGUGUGUUUUCAUGUGCAAUCACGGGAAGCGAAUGGAGUGGUGGGGCAGUAGUAGCACCAGUAAUAGCAGGAAGAAGAAGACGACCGAGACGACGAGGUUGAGAAAGUUGGAAGAGCUUCCGCCCUACAUGAAAGACAACGAGUACAUAUUGGACCAUUACAGAUGCGAGUGGCCCUUGAAGGAUCUCUUGUUCAGCGUCUUUGCCUUCCACAACGAAACCCUCAACAUCUGGACCCACUUGGUGGGGUUCUUCAUAUUCCUGGGACUGACGCUCAUCACCUUGACGGACAACGACUCACUCACUGUUGCUGCUGCUUUCUGUUUGGUGGGUAAAUAUGGCAGGGCUGUUGCGGUUCCUGGACCCUUGAUCAAUGUCUCCUCCUCUCACAAUGUAAACGCAUUUCUUCCUUGUUCGCCGGACUCAGAGAGACAUGCAUCAUCAAUCAUUCAUGCGAAUGUGAAUGCGAGUGCGAAGCAAGAAGUUGAUUACGAUGGUAUUCUACUUCCAAUGUGGCCGUGGCUUGUGUUCCUAAGUGGGGCUAUGGGAUGCUUGGUUUGCAGCUCCCUUUCCCACCUCUUGGCUUGUCACUCUAAAUGCUUCAAUUUUUUCUUCUGGCGCCUAGACUAUGCCGGCAUCUCUCUUAUGAUCGUCUCUUCUUUCUUUGCUCCCAUUUACUAUGCCUUCUCCUGCAACCCUUACUCUCGCUUUUUCUACCUUUCUUCCAUAUCUCUGCUCGGGAUCCUUGUCAUCGUUACCCUUCUUUCCCCUAGUCUCUCUGCACCCCGUUUCCGCUCUUUUAGGGCUACCCUUUUCCUCUCGAUGGGCUUCUCCGGAGUCAUUCCUGCGCUUCAUGCCCUAGUUAUCAAUUGGGGCCAUCAACAUAUAAUCGUUGCUCUGGCAUAUGAACUUGCUAUGGCCAUUUUAUAUGCUUCAGGAGCAGCAUUCUAUGUGACUAGGAUACCAGAACGGUGGAAGCCGGGCAAGUUUGAUGUUGUAGGGCACAGCCAUCAGGUCUUCCACGUCUUUGUUGUGCUAGGCGCACUUGCACAUGGCGCUGCUACUCUGGUUGUCAUGGAUUUUCGCCGAGGAUCACCAACGUGUUCAUAUUAGGCGGCAUUUACGCUGGUGACGGACUGGUGAGGGGUACAGCCAUUGUGGCACCACACCGGGGUGUGUAUUAGUUUGUUGAGGAUUGCGUAUUAGUAAGAAAAUGGCUGCACGCAACGCAUGUUUACUCGAAAACGCUGUACUGACUUUUAACAUCCAUAAUUGAUUGAUAAUUGAUGCCAUUAUGGAA